GGUGUCCAAGAAGACAACAAGUACUUUAGGUUACAAGUCGAAAUACGACGUUUUCGAAAGCCAAGGAGACCGCGAUCCAAUUCAACAAUUGUUUUAAUGAAUCAACAGGAGACUAUUUCUUGGCAGUUGUUUGAACUACAGUCCCAACACGAGAACGGAGAAUAUAGCAUAUUAUUACAAAAAUCACAUAGGAUCUUACAAACUUUGAGUUCUUUGGAUACUUCCGAUGCCGCAAACGUUAUUGCUAAGAAGCAACUUUUGUCUGCUCUACAAGCAAGGUGCUUCGCUCUUUUGAGAUUGGGAAGAACAAAAGAAGCUUUACAGGGUAUCGAUAAGUUACUUUCCUAUCCUUUAGAUUCGAUUUUUUCCAAGGAGAAAAAGGCAGAGAUACUUUACUAUAAGGCAUAUGCACUCUAUAAUGCGUACCAACUAGAAGAGGCCUUGGAAACCUGCCAGAAGAUUAAAGAAUUAGAUCCCCAGAGAGGUGCUCUACACUUGGAGGCGCAGAUUCUCUUUCGCUGCGCUAGGUAUAAGGAGGCUUCACAGCUUUUCUGCCAGUUUUUGUCUUUUAAUCCCACGAUAGAGAAUAUUUGUAAUGCAGCAUCAGCACAGUUACUUUCUGGUAAUUGGAGAGAGGCUUUAAACAUCUGUCAGAAGCAACCAGGUUCCUAUGAGCUUAUGUUUAUUGAAGCCUGUGCUUACUGUGAAAGUGAGUCGGUGGAAAAAGCUGAACAGUGUUUACUUGAAGCCAUACAACAGUGCUCGAGUGCUCUACAAGAAGAUCAAAGGUCGCAAGAAGAAAUAGAGGAAGAACUUUUGCCUCUAAAGACACAGCUAGCCUUUGUUUAUCAAUUGUCUGGUCGUGAGGCUAAAGCAGAAGAACUUCUUCAUGAUAUAGUUACGAAGAAAGGGAAUGAUUGGAACUCAUAUUCAGUCGCAGUUUGCAAUCUUGUCGCUUUAAGAGGUUAUCGUGAAGUUCACGACUCGUUAAAACGUCUCAAGUCGAUUAUUACUAAGAAGAGCUUUGUAAAAUUGACUCAUAAGCAACAGGUUGCGAUUCUAUUGAACCGUAUACUUCUUCUAUUGCAUCUCAGGAAGUUUGAUGCUUGUAUCUUGGGAUUAAACGAACUAGUGAAACGAGAAGAAUGGGAGUUGGUUCUUCUUCUGAAAUGUUGUAUUUUGGAUAGACAAAGAAAGUGGGAUGAGGCUUCCCAAUUUGUUCGAGACUUUGCUAUAUCGCAUUCUGAUUUGUCUUUGCAAUGUGACGCAAUACUGGCACAAAUGGCCCUUAAUAAGGGAGACUUGAAAAUGUGCAUCGAUGUAUUGAAACAUUCUAAGAACCUUUCACAUUAUCCUGGCGUCAUAUCUACAGUUGCCUGUUUGUAUGAAAUGCUGGGAGAAACGGAAACCGCAGUUGAAAUCAUGAGAGAAUUGGUUCAAAAGCCUGGAGCAACUGCUGAAGAAUCCAAAAAGUUGAUGAUGUCUAUUGGAUAUUUAUUGAGAAGGAAGCACUUGUAUGAUCGAGCCAAAGAACUACUGGAUGAUCAUUUAUUCAAUUAUCCAAACGAUAUAGAAGUUGUAGCAGAAAAUGUUGUCGCCACUUGUCAUGUUGAUUUAAGUGCUGCUGUAACUUGGGCCGAGAAGUUACCAUCGUUGGCUCUUGAUUCUCCUUCCUUGACUGAGGAGACAGAAUCUAAGUUUCUUGGCUUGAUCUUACGUUCUUAUCAUUCGUCGAAUGGUGAACAAGACGCAAAAGACCAUGAUAGAAAUAAAAACUUACGAAAGAAGAGACGACGGGGAAAGAAACCUUUGCCUAAGGGAUAUAAUCCAAAUCAACCACCACCAGAUCCCGAAAAAUGGCUUCCAAGGUCCGCACGGAAUUUGCAGAAGAAGAAGAAGAAGAGCAGCAAGCAUCAUGAGAUUCCUAAAAUGCAGGGUGCCGAUGUAUCUAAAGUUGAUAAUAGUAUGGAUUGGCAAAGGAAUGCUAGUUCUCAAGUGAAUGACAGUCUAUCAGAUAGACCAAAAGGAAGUAGUCGACGAAAGGCUCCUAGAAAACGAAGAUAAAAUUUUUCAAAUACUUUUGUUUACGAAC